AUGCGCUUCUCCAUCCUCUUCGCCCCUCUGGCCCUCGCGGCCACCGUCGCUGGUGGCCCCAUCGCCUACGGGAUUUGCCAGACUGGCUGCAACACCGUCGCCGUCGCCUGCUACGCCGCCGCAGGCUUCACAAUGGGCGUCGCGCUCCCCGCCGCACCACCCGCCAUCCUGGCGUGCAACGCUGCCCUCGGGACGUGCAGCGCAGCCUGUGCUACCAUUGGUCUCUUCGCACCGACGCCUUGA